AUGGAGAAGAAAGCCGCCAUCAUUGAACAAGUCCAAAGCGGUCGGUCACAGGCAGAGGUGGGGAGGGAGUUCGGAAUUUUGAAGCAAACUGUUUCGGACUUCAUCAAAAACAAGGCGAAGAUCUUGGAAGUGGCUGCCAAAUCAACCGGGGCUGGAAAGAGGAAUGCAAGUCAGGGUGUUUACCCGCAGCUCGAGGAAGCGCUCCUCGUGUGGCUCAGUGCCAUGAUCGCUAAGAAAAUCCCGGUGUCAGGGGACAUCCUGAAGCAGAAGGCAGAGGUUUUCGCGCUUCAGAUGAACGUGAAGGACUUCAAGUGCAGCGAUGGAUGGCUUUGCAAUUUCAAGAGCCACAAUGACUUGAAGUUCAAGAAGAUGUGCGGAGAAAGCGGCGCCGUCGACGAUUCCGUUGUCGCCGAAUAUCGGGAUGGAAAGCUGCAGUCCUUCCUUCAGCAGUUUCCACCUAAUGAUAUUUUCAACUGCGACGAAACUGGACUGUUUUACAAGCUGCUGCCAGAGAAAACGGUUGCAUUUGCUGGUGACCCCUGCAACGGCGGCAAGCACAGCAAGGAGCGGCUCACUGUCCUCGUUGGCAGCAACAUGUCAGGCAGCGAGAAGCUUCCAUUACUAGUAAUAGGCAAGUCGAAGCAUCAAGUCGAAUAG